UUUUUUAAAAAAAAAACUUUUUGACAGCAUUUUAUUAAUUGUUAAUAAUCGGUUCGAUAAAAAAAAAAAAAAUUUCUUUAGAUUAUUAGAGAUUAUUUAUUUAAAUAUAUAGAACCAACACUUUUCGAUAAAUAUAAUAAUAAUAAUAUAAUUCAGAAUAUAUAUAUUUAUAUACACAAUUGUUAUUUCUUUCCCUAUUUCCGUUUCUUGACAAAAAAAAACAAAAAACGAUAAUCCCCUUCCCCCUAAAUUUAUAGUUAACUGUAAGAGAAAAUGGAAAAGUCAAACAAAGAUAAAACUUAUUCAAAAAACAAUAAUCUUAAAGAACACCAAAAGAUGGAAAAGUCUUCUUCUGAACCAUUAGAAAAACAGAAAAAAAAUAGUCGUUCUCAUAAACGAAAACCUGAUUCAGAACGUGAUAAACAAAAAGCAGAAUUAGAACGGUCAGGGAAUGAAUUGAAAAAACUUUUAGCGCAAUUUGGAACAAAGGCUAAAGAAGCCGACGACAUAGACAGAGAUACUUCGGAACUUCGGGACAACAUUUUUGAAUUAAUGACAAAAGCAAAAUCAAAAACAUUUAACAAUCCAAAGUCAAGGCACGGUGCUGCGCCACAUCAACAUGAAUCCACUACCAGUUCAACAUCAUUAACGAGUUUAUUUUCUAAUAUAUGGAAUAAUCUAAUGUCACUUAUUGCAUUGAUUGUACGCCCUAUUCAAGUAUUAUACCAAUCUUAUGAAAGAUUAUACUGCAGCAUUAAUUGGUAUUUAUUUUUGACUUGCAUUUUGGUACUUGAAUUAUCAAUUAUUGGUCUCAUUUGGAAGUUUAAACGGGCACAAUAUACUUAUGUGUACAUUGAACCUUAUGAAGCAGUUGUACAUGGUACAUAUGGCGUAGAAACAACUUCUUGGACAUAUUUAAGUUCUAUAAUGGAUAAUAUGUUUGACUUUUUUAGUGAAAUGAAACAUGGUGGUCGUAGUUUCAGUAGUCCAAAUUAUGAUGGUUUAGUACCAAUAUAAUUGGUAUUUUGUUAUGUGUCGUAGAAUUUGUUAGAUGUUUCGGAUUUUUACUUGUUUAUUUGUUUAUUUUGUUUAUUUUUCCCCUCCCCUUUUUUAA